CGCCUAACAUUUCAAGACAUGUAGGAAUAAUUACUGCAAUAGACUCGACACUCCCACCGAUCCUCGCAGUCGCAUCAUAGAGUCUAGAUCAGCGCAUUGCCGAUCGCGCCCCUCCGAGGCCCGCAACCCGGCAAACCUGUGCGGCGGCUACCAUGGUGUAACAGCCGAUCGGGCAACCCCAUGGCUGGGGAUCUGCGGCAGCUGCACCCCUGGCAAACGUCAUCCAUCCAGCCCUACGCGCUAAAUCUCCGCUUUAGCACUUUCUUGACGCCAUCUUGAGCACCACAUUUCACGAACCAUAAACGUAUAACCUACGUUUGCUCUCCUUCUCCCUCAUGCGGAUCCUACGCAAUCUAAUUAGCAAUUUCACACGUAACGCUCCAAAACGCGACUUUGCUCACGUUCACGACGUGCAGAUCAAGUGGGAAAGAGUACCGGCACAGAACGGGAAAAAGCAAGAGCAAGAAGCUGGCAAUAUGUCUUUGAACGUUUUCAAGCAACCCCUCGCGCUUCACUCCACACAGCCUUUGACCGGAUUCACCCGUUCAGGCUACUGUGAGGUACCCGCAUCAGAUGCUGGCAACCACGCCAUAGCAGGUAUCGUGUCAAAAGAGUUCCUCGACUUCUCUGCCGCACGUGGCAACGAUUUGCGUCAAGUAGGACUUACGGAUGGCUGCAAAUGGUGCCUUUGUGUGAACAGGUGGAAAGAGGCUUUUGACGCUAGGACAGGCAUGGAUGACAAGAAGGUUCCCAAGGUUGUCAUGAAAGCGACGAAUGAGAAGGCGUUGAAAGGGGUGAGUAUGGAUGAUUUGAAGGCUUUUGCUGUGGACAAGGAGUAGGGUAGGAUGGGAUUUGUCUAGCAGUCACUCCCUCGUUCUAUCGAACACGACGGAUCAAUUACAGAUCCAGACGUAAUUACGCGUCCUAUGCUUGCACAGUCUCCUGUUCGUGUCACUCUCUCUCAAUGACUUCCGUCCAGUCAUCGAGUGACUUGCUUAAAUACUCCAGAUGCGUCUCUGGCAUUUCCAUCAGCAGCUCUGCAUGCGUCAGUUCGCCAAGCCAGGCCAUGAUAGCAACUUUUUCUUUGCUACGAAUAUCUCUUUGUGUAUCGUCGGGACCAGCAUUAUUCGUGUGGGUGGUGUUGACGGUAGUAGUAUUUUCGGAGGUUGUGUUGAUUGCGGUAGCUGUCGUGGAGAUACUGUCGGAAGCGUUCACGGGGGCAUGGUUGGCGACAAUAGCGUUGAUGGUGAAAAACGCAUUCUCCU